ACUGAAAAACGUAAAACGAUAAACGACUAACGAAGGAGAAUGAAAAUGAAGUGCCAAAGUGUUGAAAAGAAACCAAAAUUGAAAUUCAAGUAGACGCUAAACGUAAAGAAUUUUCCAAAGCAAGUCAGUUUCGGUAACGCGCGCAUUUCCGUUUUCUCAGUACUAGUUUCGUAUCCGUUUUCGUUUCGUUUCCGUUUCCGUUCCGUACCGUUUCGUUCGGCACUUUUCAAAUGGCUACCAGCUGCUUAUGAUGGAGACAUUCCUCGUCCUGGGCCUGUGUUUCAUCCUGUACGAGGCAUUGGAUUUCUUUCAGGGCUGCAUUCACAGCAACACCCCCUCGCCCAGCGAUCAGAUCGAGGCCUAUCGCCGGGAAUUGGACGAACAGCGCCAGCAGCAGCAGCAGGAGCAGUUCCUGGCGGGAUUGACGCCACUGCUGGGCGCUCAGUUUGCCGCCGCAGCGGCCGCCGCUGCCGCCGCCGCCGGCUCCCAAUCGACGCUGGGCAGCACGACCACGCCAACCGCCUCAACGGCCAGCGUUAUCAGUGAUUCCUACGACCAGGAGUCGCAAUCUCAGACACAGUCGCAGUCUCAGUCGCAGUCACAGAACCAACAGCAGUUGCACUCUCUGAGCACUCCCGGGCUCUUUCGUCCCGCCGCCUUGGGCUACUACGACCCAGAGGAUCCGUUGCACGCCACAUCCUCGCUGCCCAGGGACUACUACUACCUGCAGCAGCAGCAGUUGAAGAACAAGGCCAGUUCCAGGUCCCUGCUCUCGAAGUUCUCGUCCACCAACUCGGACAACCGCAUCCACCCCGAGGCCGGGGCCGGAGCAGGACACAGUGUCCUGGGGGCAUCGGUGAUCACCAGCCAACCCUUGCCAGCUGGGGAGAUACCGCCCAGUCUGUUCGAUCAGCCCGGACAGCCGCCGGCUGUGGGUCCAUUGCAGCUGCAGCCCUCGUCCCCGCUCUUCGUGGAGCUGAAGCGGGCCAUAAUCUGCCAGAACAAGCAGGGCCAAGGAUCGUCCGGGGAGGAGUCUGCCGAGGAGCAGUGCCCGCAGUGCGAGGAGGAGCGAGAGAGUCGCUACCUGGACGACGAGGACGAAGUCGACGAGGAGGAGGAGUAUCCCUCGCCCGGGGAGGAGGACGACGAAGACGAGGCCGAGAAGGAGCGCGAGUUGCACAACUACGUGGGCGGAGCCACCAGUGAGCCGGACAUUUGUGCCGCCUCGCGCCACCAGCAGCUGCCCCGCAUCCAUCACAUCUCCAUUGACCAGCAGGACCAUCGACCCUCGGACCUGAACAUUGCCCACGUCGGCCCAACGCUGGGCGCCAAUUCGCACGCCGACUUCAGGGAGAUCGAGUGCGAACGGCUGCGACGCAAGUGCGUGAGCGUUAAGCGCAUCUAUAGCAUAUCGGAGAAGUUCUAAAUCAGAUCACCACUCUAUCAAUCUUUCAAUUCGAUAACUCAGUUCUCAGCUCAUACCUGUACAAAGUCCAGCUAUCUUUCUCUCUCUCACCAUUGCACCAAAAUCGAAAAUCCUAAAUCGAAAAAAACGAAUAAGAUUACGAAUACGAAAAAGCUAAAAAAAUAAUAACA